CGAAGCGAUCCAAUUCCAAACCCAACCACCUGAUCUUGCUUGCUCUGCACUCCUCUCAGUCCCUCACCAUCCUCGCUCACUUCGGAAGCGGAAGACUUGCGCCUCCUCUGCUGCGGCCGCGAUCCGAGCCGAGGGGCGGAGUCGUAAGAGAAACAAAAACCCAGCGCAGCCGACAAAUCCGCGGCGGCGGCGCCUUCGGAUCGGGGGAUCUCGUCGGCGGGCGCGCUCGGCUCCGGUCACCGCCAUGAUGAGCAGCAGCUCCCCUCCGCCGCCGCCCUCAAUUCCAUCGGGGGGUGGAAGCUUAUUCAGAGGUUACACGAAGCUUUGCAAGGGCAUUGCGGUCAUAUUGCUUCUCGUGCACCUAUUGAUCCAGCUGUUUCCAUCAGCUGUCACCUAUCUUGCUCUUGUUCCUGGAAGGACAAUCCCUUUUGCCUGGAACCUGAUAACUGGUGGCUAUGUUGAGCUGACAAUUCCAGGGGUGAUUAUCAGCAUAAUUGGUCUUCUUUUAUUUGGGAAGUUAUUAGAGCCUUUAUGGGGCUCAAAGGAGUUAUCGAAGUUCAUUUUUGUUGUCAACUUCGCAACAUCUGUGUGUGUUUUCAUAACCGCUAUUGCUCUAUACUACACAACACAAGAAGAGAGCUACCUCUAUGCUCCUCUUUCUGGAUUUUAUGGAGUUCUGACAGGAUUGCUGGUGGGUAUCAAGCAACUUAUGUCAGAACAGGAGCUAAAUCUUUUUGUGCUGAAGAUUAAGGCAAAGUGGAUCCCAUCACUAGUUGCAUUGAUCUCAGUUAUUGUAAGCUUCUUUGUAAAGGAAUUUGUCUCUUACCUCCCAGUUAUAUUGUUUGGCAUUUAUAUGAGUUGGAUUUACCUGCGGUACUUCCAAAGGAGAUUAGAGACAGGCUUGAAAGGAGACCCAAGCGAUGAGUUCUCUUUCUCAAGUUUCUUCCCUGAAUUCCUAAGACCAGUUCUGGAUCCGAUAGCUUCUAUAUUUCACAGGCUUCUUUGUGGAAGAUCUGAAAGGGCUGAUGGUAGAGGUCAGACAUUGGAUACCACACCUUUGCCUGGCUCAGAUUCUAUUGAGGCGAACAGAAGGAGGGAAAGGGGUCAAAGGGCACUGGAGCAAAGAUUAGCUGAGAAGCUGGCUGCGGUCAAAAGUUCUGAGGGCACAUCACAGGAUGCCUCUGACAAAGUUUGAGCCUUCGAUGGAACGGCAUGUGCAUUUUGUGAAUUCCCGGUAGUGCUGUCAAUGUCACAUCCUCUGAGGACAGAAGUUACCAAGACACCAUCGAUUCUACACCCCAAUCCUCGCUGCCUGUUGCUUUGGUUUUUUCUUCAUUGAUUAUCCUACUUAUCAUCUGUAAUCAGUUUACAGCGCAUGGCAACGGUGAUCCGAGAACGUGACAUUACUGAUUUAGGAAGUGAACCAUGCUUAACAACGUGUGAUGUUUUUUUUAGGACAGGCUAGUUGCAUAGCGCAUUUACCAUAGUAUGUGGUGGUGCCCUUUUUCCCCUCUCCCUGGUAAAAAAGCUUUUGUUUCCCUGCAUGUUUUAUUAAAGCCCAUGGGACACUUUACAUGAACAAAGUGAUGUUAAAUUGUCAGGAGUUGGUUCUUUCUUCUUUGAAUUUGUUAUCUGUCCUUUG